AUGCACAACGUGUCCAAAAGGCGGACUAUGAAUCGAAAUAUUUCGUUGUCCUUCGAUCAGUGGACGCCGGAAGAUAUUGCCGUCAGUCUGACCCACAUCGAAUUCAAGAUGUUGCGACGGAUUACGUUCGCCGACUACUGUGAAUAUGCGAUUCGCAACCAGCUUCAUAGGGUGCCGGCGCUUCAGCGAAGCAUCGCUGUUUUCAACAGCAUUUCGCGGUGGGUACAGUGCAUGGUGCUUAGCAAGACUACGACCAAUGAAAGGGCAGCGAUCAUAAUGAAGUUUGUCUGGGUAGCUGAGCACCUUCGACACUUGAACAAUUUCAAUACUCUGAUGGCUGUGGUUGGAGGAUUAACUCAUUCAGCGUUGGCGCGGCUUAGGAAAACGUCGUUGUGCAUUUCUCAGGAAUGUCGAACGACAUUAACCGAAUUCUCCAACCUCUUAUCUUCCGACAGUAACUUUUCUGCGUAUAGAAAAGCCCUGAACAGCUGCCACACGUAUCGGAUACCUAUCAUAGGUGUUCAUCUCAAGGAUUUGAUCGCACUGCAUUCCGCUACUCCAGACUACGUCAGCGAAGAUCUUAUAAACUGUCGAAAGCUCACGCAGUUGGUACUUAUUUUCAAGCAUCUGGUCCUUGAUCUUGAUCGGCCGCAAAUGCUUCCUGAUCUCAAUGAAGAUUUGAUUCAUACCCUAAAGGUGGCACUGAGUAUGCCUUACAGCGAUGACGAAAUAUACGCGCUUUCGUUAUGCCGUGAACCGCGCUCUCUACUUCGGCCCACGGUUAGAUAUGCAGGAAUCACAGCUGACUGGGCCGAAGGCGUGUGCAGCCGACUGGAGCCGUUAGUGCUGCAGAAGCACGUGCAUGCGAUGGUGGAGGCCGUCUUUAAGCACUACGACUUGGACAAAGACGGAUACAUUUCGCAGGAAGAGUUUGAACUGUUCGCCGGAAACUUCCCACUGAUUGAAAGUUUCUCUAACUUCGAUACGGACCACAAAAAAGUGCUUGGUGGAGGACCUCCUUCUUGGCCAAUGGAACAGGUAACACACGUUGUCCUAAAGGACGAGAACAAGCCAUAUGGCUAUGUGAAUAACGACAGACCGAUCCUAUGGGGACUUUUACGCCAGGGACUCAAGUGCCAGGAGUGUGGGAUUGCGGUGCAUCGGGGCUGCAUCGAAAAAUCGUCCAGCUGCAUACGCCGACGAAGCAGUGAACGAGUUCGGUGCAAAUCCUUCAGUCCGUCCGAGUCACCGGAAAUAGAACAGAAACUGCAACCGCGCUACAACUCGUUCAAACACCAUUUGCUCAACUUUACGUGGAACAAAUCCCGGUCGCGCCAUUCCUCGAGAGCCAACGCCACCAGCCCAGAGUCAGUGUCGCCGGUGAAUGCUCAUUUCUUGACCGUGGCUGACUCCAAGCAGCGGUCAUGGUCAGAGAGCGGUCACUACUGCAGGUACACAGUGUUGCAUUGGCCUGUUCUGCCAUUCAUACAGACAGACACGUUGCGUUUAAGGAACAACAGUCCGUUUUAUGAUCAAAACGUUUCGUUGGCUAGCGAAGAGGUGUUCGACGUAGAGGAGGCGAACUGA